GACGCUACCGAACACCGGCACGAGGUGUACGCUCGGCUCCUGAACCUGACACGACUUCCUCGUGUCGACAGCGACAGCCUCGCGCGAGCGGCCGUACCUCGACGUCGUCUUCGGGGGGGACUCGGCAGCUCCGGCACGCGUGCGAGGCCGCGCGGGCCCCGAUUCAUCCAGGUUAGCCGCAUCUCGUCAUCGCCGCUCAAACAGCCUUACGGAGGAGGAGCCGCGUGCCCCAACCGAUCGUCAGGAUGAGGGCCUCAAGGAGAUCGGCGCAUCUACGUAUGGCAGUGCUAGUCGCAGCUCUUGUUGCCCUCGUGACCGGCCUCGAGAAUGAUGAUUUGGUAUUUGAUCACGAUGGAAAAUUACCAAUUGCAGAUACAACGUCAGAACAAGAAUACCAAGAAUCAUUAUUCCACAAUAUUUGGAACUGGUUGAAUUUUGGUAAAAUAAAUAUAUUUUCAUUAUCAAAAUAUCCAUCAAUAGGUCAGUUUGAAAAAUCAAGAGACACAAACUCAAUAUUUAAUACUGACGAUCGUCCCAAAAGAGAAGUUAAAGAGGAUAAUGAAAUUAAGAAUGAUGAUUCAUUAUAUAAAUCUAGAAAAUCUUUUUACACGAAUGAUAAUCCGAUACAACCAAAAUUAGCUUCAAAAUUUCGACAAGGUGACGAUGAAGAUGAUUUGGGUUCCGGUGAACUAGAGAUAGAGAAAGAAGUUGAAGGAAGCGCGAACAGCGUCGAUUUCCAUACAAUACGAUCUACAACAUUAAACCAUAUAAAUACAAUAACCGAAUCAAACUUAAUUGAAGAACCAAAUAGCUAUGAUGAGAAAAAUGUUUAUAGAAUAUCUAUAACAAUUAAAGAACCAUAUCGGGAAGAAUUUGAAAGAAGAGAUGGUGAAAAAUUUAAAAAAUUCGCUGAAAAUCUCACUAAGAGCGUGGAAGAAAUUUUGCAUCAAAAUUUGAAAAAAGACCAUCAUGUAACUUUUGUUAAAAUGGAGAAUGCUCCAGAUCCAUUUGAAUCUCAUGUCCAUCUGGAUAUACGUACGAUGAGUAGUGAAACAGAUGUUAGACAUGUACUUGAAAAGCAUCUUAACACUUAUUAUUCAUUCGGAAAAUUUACAGUUAAUCCGUUGACAUUUCAAUUAAGAGCUGUUUUAGAGUGUCAAUAUGGAGAGAUUGCCUGCGAUAUUUCUAGAUGUAUUUUGCAAACACAAAAAUGCGAUUUUAAAUCUGAUUGCGAAGAUGGUAGUGAUGAAAUCGACUGCAAAUAUCCUACUUGUGGACCAGAUGAUUUUGUGUGCAAUAACGGUCAAUGCAUAAAGGGCAGUUUGCAUUGUGAUGAUCGACCGGAUUGUUAUGAUCAUUCAGAUGAAGAAAAUUGUUUAACUACUUGUAGCAGUGAUGAAUAUCGUUGUUUAGAAGGAAUUUGUAUCAGUAUCGACAAACGCUGUAAUGAUUAUCCAGAUUGUCGAAAUGGAGACGAUGAGGAUUCAUGUGAUUGCAGACCCGAUGAUUUUUAUUGCGAAGACGGAAACUGCGUUUCUUAUAGCUCGCUAUGCAAUGGGGUUCAAGAAUGCAGAGAUGGCUCUGAUGAAAAAGAUUGUGACUUUGCACCUUGCCCUCCUACGGACUUCACGUGCGGUGAUCGUUCUUGUAUUCCAAAGGCAUUGGUAUGUGAUGGAAUAGACCACUGUUUGGGCGCUGAAGAUGAACUUCGUUGCGAAAAAAACUGUACACCGACCCAAUUCAAAUGUGUGAGUGGAAAUAAAUGUAUAGAAAGCGUCUACAGAUGCGAUGGUUAUCCAGACUGUCCCGAUAGAAGUGAUGAAGAUUGUCACAAUGGCUCUUCUAAUGGAUCUAUAAUAUAUGAUUCGUCAACAUUAUCUAAUCAUGUAAAUAAUUCUAGAGUGAAUUAUUCAGGCUGUCGAAGCGAUGAAUUCGAAUGUUCUCCAAACUAUUGUAUUAAUCGUUUGGAUAUUUGUAAUGGUCGAUUAGAUUGUCCGAAUGGAAAUGAUGAACAAAAUUGUUCACCAUAUCAACAUCGAGAAGAAGAAAGUGCCAGGCUGAAUCUCAAAGUUUAUCCAACUGAUCAAAUUAUUAAUGAGAAAUCCGAGGUAGUUUUUCAAUGCCGUGAUGAAGGUCUUUUAAGAGCAAAAGUUCGAUGGAUUCGAGGUAAUAAUCGACCGCUUCCUCCGGGUAGUCAUGUAGACAAUGGACGCCUUGAAAUUCCUAACAUUCAGUUAGAACAUUCAGGAAACUAUAUAUGCGAGGCAGAAAAAUAUCUACAUCUUCCUGGAUCUCAAAUUACUGCACAACUUACAGUUGAGAAAUAUAACCAAUCGUGGUAUGAAUCUUCAAAGUCGUGUAGCGAAUACGAGGCAACGUGUUCCAACGAAGAAUGUAUCCCUAAAAGCGACAUAUGCAAUGGUAAAAUUGAUUGUUCUGAUGGAUCUGAUGAAAUACAUUGCGGUCAUCAUGGGUGCGAACCAAAUGAAUUUCGUUGUUCAAAUAAGCAAUGCAUGAGUAAACUUUGGCGGUGCGAUGGAGAUAAAGAUUGUAGCGAUGGUAGUGACGAAGAAAAUUGCGCUGAUUUAUCAUACAAUGCACCUUGUUAUUAUGGAGAAUUUAAAUGCUCAAGUAAUAAUCAAUGUAUUCCAAAGAGUUAUCAUUGUGAUCAUGAAAAUGAUUGCGUGGAUGGUAGUGAUGAAAUCGGAUGCUCCCCUGUGUAUAUUUUAAUACCACCACCACCAAUGAUGGUUCUCGAUCCAGGCGAUACACUAUCAUUAACUUGCACAGCUAUUGGCAUACCGAUACCGGAGAUCAAUUGGCGUUUGAAUUGGGGGCAUGUGCCUCAAAAAUGUUCGAUGACUUCAACUAAUGGAACUGGCACUUUAACUUGUCCAGACUUGAGAGUUGAAGAUCAAGGCGCAUAUUCGUGCGAGGGAAUUAAUGUAAUGGGUUUUGUUAUUGCUGUGCCUGAUACUAUUCUAGUCGUUAAAAAUACAAGCAUUUGUCCAUUAGGAAAAUUCAAUUCUGAAGCUAAUAAAGUUGAAGAUUGCAUUUCUUGUUUCUGUUUUGGAGUGACAACUGAGUGUGGAAGCGCUAAAUUGUUUACACAUCAGAUUCCCCUGCCUGUUGAUCGUUAUAAAGUUGUGCCUGUUGAAAUAAAGCCUAGAAUAACAGUUCUCUUAGAUACCAAUGUUACGCAAACGGUUCCAAUAGAACAUGAUGGAAUUCAUGUUCAAACUCUUAAUAAUGAAGUAAACAAAAAUAGUGUCAUUUACUUUGGAUUACCAGAUAACUUCAACGGUAAUCAAUUAAAAUCUUACGGUGGAUAUCUACAGUACGAUCUUAGAUAUAAUAGUUAUGGCAUCGAUAAUGAAGCACCUUCCGUAAUAAUUAUGGGAAAUGAUAUAAGCAUUUUUCAUACUAAUUCGCAAUUUUUCAAUAAUCGUGAGUCAAGACAAAAAAUCAGAUUCGUUUAUGGAGAAUGGUACAAGCAGGAUCGUAGAGGAUCAAUUUUAGCAUCUAGAGAAAAUAUUAUGAUGGUUUUAGCAAACAUCAAUAAUAUUUUAAUAAAAGCUCAAUAUGAGAAUUCGCCGCACUUAAAUGUUUCCAUAACAAAUGUAAUUCUGGAUUCAGCUCGCAGUACUGGGUUGGAUUCAGCAUCUUUUAUAGAAGAAUGUCGUUGUCCUUCAGGAUAUACUGGACUUUCAUGUGAAAACUGUGCUCCUGGAUAUAUAAGACGUAAGAGUGGACAAUGGCUUAACCAGUGUUAUAAAGAAAAUUUACCACAAAGUUGUCCUCGAACAUUUUAUGGGGAUCCGUCACGAGGAAUUCCAUGCGAAGCUUGUCCAUGCCCACUUCCAUCAAACCAAUUUGAACGAACUUGCCACUUGGAAUUCGAUAAUAAAAAUCCAAAAUGCGACUGCCCCCCUGGUUACGAAGGAAAGCGGUGUGAAAGAUGUGCCGAAGGGUAUCGAGGUAAUCCAUUACGAGGAGAAGAAUGUCGAUCUUAUGAACCGUGCGAUCGUAGUGGAAGCUUAAGUCCUGAACCUGAUCGAUACACCGGAAGAUGCCAAUGUAAGGAAUAUGCCAUCGGACCUAAAUGCAAUCAAUGUAAAGCUAACACCUUUAGUUUGGCUUCAACAAAUCAAUUUGGAUGCAUAAAUUGUUUUUGUAUGGGAACCACCAAUACGUGCGUUUCGUCCAAUUGGUAUAGAAGCGAGACUCGAGUUUCAUUUACCAAUUCUGUACAAGGAUUUCAAUUGAUUGGUUCGAAAGAUCGUGAAUCAGUCCCAAUUAGUUUGGGGAUUAAUAUAAAACCUGAUACACGAGAGAUAGUUUUUAAUGAUUUUCCUGAUCGAGGAGCAGGGGACGUUUAUUAUUGGCGCUUACCAACUAUAUUUUUGGGCAAUCAAAUAACUGCAUAUGGAGGAAAUCUGAAAUAUAUCGUAAGAUAUGUACCUUCACCCGGUGGUUUAACAUCAAGAAACAGCGCAGCAGAUGUUGAAUUAAUUAGUUCUAAUGACAUUACACUUCUUUAUUACUCUCGAGAAGUCUCGGAUCCCAAUAUUGCGAAAACUUUUACCGUUCCUUUACUUGAACAAUAUUGGCAACGAUCUGAUGGAACUACAGCUGAUAGAGAGCAUCUUUUAAUGGCUCUUGCCGAUAUAGAGGCCAUUAGAAUUAAAGCAACUUAUACAACUCAUACUUAUGAAGCUGCAUUAGCUUAUGUUUCAUUGGAUAUUGCUGAAGAAUUUAAUACAGGAAAAGAGCGUGCUAUUGAAGUUGAAAAAUGCAGUUGCCCGGUUGGAUAUCAAGGUCUUUCUUGCGAAGACUGCGCAUCUGGUUACACCAGAGCCAUCGAAGGCUUAUAUCUUGGAAUUUGUGAGCCAUGUAAAUGUAACGGUCAUUCAAAUCAGUGUGAUCCAGAAAAUGGAGCAUGCGAGAAUUGCGCUGAUCAUACAACGGGAGAAAACUGUGAAUUAUGCGAAUCUGGAUAUGUAGGUGAUGCUUUACGUGGCACUCCAAACGAUUGCCAAAUAAAAAAUGGUUCAGUUAUUCCAUGCCAUUGUAAUGUUCUUGGAUCAGAAUCAAGUAAUUGCAGUAAUGGCCACUGUGAAUGCAAGCGGAACACUGAAGGUCCCGAUUGUGGUCGUUGUCGUUUUUCAACGUUUGGAUUAUCAGAACAUAAUGCAGACGGUUGUAACGAAUGUUUUUGCAAUGGCGUAACCAAUGAAUGUCACGAAAGUUCCUUAUACAUUCAACAAAUUCCUAUAUUUUUAUAUGACAACCAACAUGGAUUUACAUUGACGGAUUCAUCUAGACGUGAAGUGAUUAGUGACAAUUUUAAAUUAAAUAUAUCUGUAAAUGAAAUUGGAUAUGAAUUUACUACUGAUCGUAAUAAAAGAUUAUUUUGGUCUUUACCAACUGUGUUUACGGGCAAUAAAGUAAAAAGUUACGGUGGUAAUUUAUUACUAUCUCUACAUAUUGUAGCGCAACCAUAUUCCGUGUGUCAUCAAGAUCAAGAUGUUAUAUUAGUUGGAAAUGGAUUAACAUUAUAUUGGACUAGUUCGAAAGAAAUAUCUCCCAAGUCUAUGGUGACCUUUUCAGUUCCGUUGAAAGAACACGAGUGGCGACACAUUUCUUUUAAUGGUCUUCGAGUUGCAACUAGAUCUGAUUUAAUGACCGUUCUUACAAAUAUUGAUGCUAUUUUAGUACGAGCAACAUACUGUACGGAAAUGAUAGCGACAUACAUAAGUGAUAUUAGUUUAGAUACUGCUGUAGAAAUUUUUACGGGAAAUCCUCGAGCAACUCAAAUAGAAAUUUGUAGAUGCCCGGCUGGAUACAGCGGAACUUCUUGCGAAGCAUGUGCACCAGGAUAUUACAGAAAUGCAAAUGAUCGUUCUACGAGUAUAUUAGGAUCAUGCAGUCCCUGCCCAUGUAAUGGAAAUGAACAAAGUUGUGAAUUGGACUGGUCAGCCCAUGUUAAAUGUAAUUGUAACCCGCAAUAUACUGGAGAAUAUUGUCAAGAUAUAGCUGAUUUUACUCAAUCACCUGCAAUCCCUUCAACAACUACAAUUCAGUCAUCACCAAUUGUUGUCAAAAUUAAAGAACCGACAAUUCAAAUUGUCAAAAUCGGAGAUAGCGUUAGAUACCAUUGUUCAGCAAAAUCUUUAUACAACGAUCCCGUCACCAUAAAAUGGGAGAAAGAAGGGGGUUACUUACCAGUAGGUAGGGGUAUUGAUGAUUCGUCCGGUUUAUUAUUUAUUAGAGAAGUUAAAGUUUCUGACAGUGGCAAUUACAUUUGUCGCGUUACUGAUGGAGUACAUGUUAGAACAGAAAAAGUUACUCUUCACAUUGGAGAUUCUGUUUUGGAACCAAUAAUUAAUAUAAAUCCAGCAUUUUUGAGAGUCAUAGAAGGAGAUCCUGCAGAGUUUCUUUGCGAAGUAACUGACUCGCCUCAAGCAUUAAUAGAAUGGAUUCGUUCCGAUGGAAGAAUGAAUCCAAAUGCAACAUUUGGUGGUGGAAUUUUAAAAAUACCAUCAGUUACUGUAGAUGAUGAUGGUGAAUAUAAAUGUAUUGUAAGAAGCCGUAGUGGUUACAGUGAGAAAACAGCACAAUUACAUGUAAAAGGUAUUGAUUAUGAUCCUUCUCAAGAAUCAGACAUUGUCGUUAACGUAUCACCUUCAAAGUGGUCCGGAUUUAGUGGUGAUACAGUAAAAUUGGCUUGUGAUACGUCAAAACCAGUACAAAAAAUUAUUUGGAGUCGAACAGAUCGUUUAACACUUCCAACUGCUGCUGUACAAAGCAAUGGUGUUUUAAUUAUUUCGAACCCUGCAUUAAAUGACGCUGGAUGGUAUAUUUGUACAGCGAUAUUGUACGAUGGAACUGAAAAGAGUGUGACUACUUCUGUAACGAUUCAUCCACGCCAUAAUAUGCCGAUUAUUUCUAUUGAGCCACAAAGACAAAAAGUUCCUCAAGGAUCGACAGCCACAAUUGAAUGCAGAACGGAAGGUGACGAAACAAACAUUAAAUGGAUGAAGAAUAGAGAAUCUAAUUUAGGUUCUAACGUUCAAGCUACAGGCAAUAUUUUACGCAUUAAUAAUAUUCAAAUAGUAAAUAGAGGUGUUUAUACAUGUCGAAUCAGCAAUAGUGAAAAAGGAAAUUUCGAAGCUAGUGCUAUAAUUGAAGUAGAACCUCGGGAAAUGCCUAUUUUACAAAUUCAUCCGCAUGAAUCCCAAACGGUCUUAGAAGGUAAUACAGCUGAUUUCCAUUGUCGUGCAAUCGCUGGUAUUCCGACUCCAGAAAUUAAAUGGACACGUCAGGAUGGCAGACCACUUAGUUUUAAUGCACAAGUUGCUUCUGAUGGAAUGCUAAGAAUCAAUAAUGCAACGCAUUCUGAUGGAGGUACUUACGUUUGUGUCGCUGAAAAUCCUGUUGGCGUAACAAGUCUCAGUGUUAAUUUAGAAAUUAAUUCAUUCCCUGUUAUAAUCAUUACUCCUCAAAAUGGCGUACUGCAAAUGAAAUUAGGCGAUCCAUUACAUCUUACAUGUACUGCAACGGGUUAUCCUUCACCAAUUGUGUCUUGGAGUAAAGAUUACGGUCAAGAUCCUAAAGAACGAACGAUUAUCGAUCCUUAUAAUUCUGGAACUUUUGGGCCAUCUGCUACUAUUGAUAUUAAUGCUGUAUCGAAAGAAGAUGAGGGUACUUACGUAUGUAAAGCAAGUAAUUCUGCUGGAGUAAUUGUAGACUACGUACAAUUAAGAAUAGAAGAUGAUAUAAAUUCAGUUGAUUAUCCAGAUAAUUGCCGAGGAGAUCCAUAUUGUUAUGAAAAUAUUCCUCAGGUAAAACAAAACAAGCAUAGUUCUUUGCUUGUAGACAGAUUGUCAAAAAUUCCAUCCGGUGGAAAAGUAUUAAUACGUUGUAAAUUGUUAUAUGCCGACGAUAAAAAUAUAUAUUUGGAUUGGAAGAGAGAAGAUGGUCGGCCAAUGCCUCUUGGAAGUACCGUUAGUGAUGGAACUCUUUUAAUUGAAAAUCUUCAAAAAGAAGAUUCAGGCGAAUAUACUUGCUUUGGCGUGGAUCUUUAUGGCAAACAACUAUUUUCUGCAAAAAGUCAACUUACUGUUUUCGAUUUUCCAAAAGUUGAAUUAAGACCUACUAAACAAACAGUUAAACCUGGUGAAAGUCCCUCUAUACAUUGUAUAGCAUCAGGUGAACAACCAUUGAAUGUUGAAUGGGAAGCUGUUGGUCGUCCAAUACCGACAUCAGUAAGUCAAUCAAAUGGAGUAUUACAAUUUUAUGGUAUAACAUUUUCCGAUGCUGGAAAAUACGUAUGCAAAGCAUGGAAUGACUUAGGUACCGCAGAAUCUGUUGCUGAAGUAACUGUAGAAGCAUCUACAACGCCAAUAGUAAGAGUACAGGCUUCAAAAAAUCCAGUAAAUAUAGGAGAUUCUGUUGAUCUUCACUGUGUUACGUCAGGAAUAGUAAAUCCCCAUUAUGUUUGGAGUAAGCCUUAUGAAAUUUCAUUGCCAUGGAAUGCAAGAGAAAAUGGAAAUAUACUAAGUUUAGUCGAUGUAAAUCCAAGUAAUAAUGGUUUAUACCGAUGUGCCAUAGAUUUCGAAGAUGGUGUUGUAGAAGAUGAUAUUACUCUUAAAAUUCUAGAUGAUGAUACAUCAACUGAGGUACCAUCUGAAGAACCUGUAGUAAUAAAACAUGAACAAAUCGGGAAAAAUUUAGAAUUAGCUUGUCGAGAUAAUUUACAACCUCCGGUACAAUAUCGAUGGACUAAAUCAAAUAGUAGUUUACCAAUUAGACACGAACAACGUAAUGAUAAAUUGAUUUUAAUUGAAGUGGAUGGAGAUGCUGCUGGAGCAUACACCUGUGUAGCGAAUAAUGGAGAAGAAACAGUCGAAACCUUUACUACGGUUGUGAUUACUGGAUUAAUUCCAUAUUUUAGCCAAGCACCGUUGAGUUUUAUUGAAUUACCACCUCUUAUGGGCGCUAAUUUGCGAUUUAACAUUGAAAUUUCAUUUAGACCAGAAAAUUCUAACGGCAUAUUAUUAUAUACUAGUGAAACUCCAAAUGAAAUUGGCGAUUUCAUAUUAUUGACCCUUGAAAAUGGUUUCCCAAUAUUUAAAUUUGAUCUUGGUUCGGGACCUACAAUAAUUCAAGCAGAUAGAAACAUUACUCUUGGUGAUUGGCAUACAAUUAUUAUUCGCCGAGAUCGCAAAGAAGGAGUAAUGAUAGUAGAUGACGUUUAUUCAUAUCAAGCUAGCUCAAGAGGCAAAAAGGACGGUCUAGAUGUUUUUUAUCCUCUUUACCUUGGUGGAAUUGCAGAUAAUAUAGUUAUUAAUGAAAAUGCUGGUACAAACACAGGUUUCAUAGGCUGCAUUAACAGAUUAGUUAUAGAAGACAAACAAAUAAAUUUAAUGAAUAAUAUGGUAAUGAGUCAAUCAAUUACAAAUUGCGAAAUUUGUGAAUAUCUUGAAAAUUCUUGCAUAAAUGGAGUUUGUCAGGAAUCGACUGCUAAAGAUGGAUAUGAAUGCUUAUGUCAUACUGGUUACAGUGGAAAUCGUUGUCAGACAGCGGUAAAAUCAUGUCUACCAGGAAUUUGUGGAGAAGGUGUCUGUCAUGAAACAGAUUAUAGUUAUGAAUGUGAUUGUCCAAUUGAUAAAACUGGUCGCAAUUGCGAAACUUCACAAACAAUCCGUACACCCAAAUUAAGACAUCCUAGAUCCUUUCUUGCAUAUUCAACACCUAAACUGUUAAGAAGGUAA